GAUGGGCCUGUGGUUUUGAUGGACAGAUAGACAGACUGGAUGGGAUUGGUUUUAUAUAUUCUUAUUCUUGCUGUUUUGUGUUUUUUGUUUUAGAUAUAUUUGCUUUUACGUUGCUUCUGCUCUAUCUGCUUUAUUUGUACUGUCCUAGUACGGAGUGAUAUACGUACUAUAUAUCUAUUCCUACUAUCUAUCUGUUUGUUUGUUCAUUGAUCAUCACAUUUCACCACACUUCCUAUUAUACACGCCAUACGCUCAGCACCUCCACAGCGCAUUUAUAAUCACCCAGUACACAAUGGCCAUCACACACCCCUAUUCCACAAACAUAGCAGAUUCCAACUCACACCCGCCCUCAAAAUCUACACCUAACCACAAUCCCAACAACCAAAUCACACUCCUCCCCGUGACGAAAGCCGAUCUUCCGCGCAUAGCCCUCCUCGAACAUCUCGCGUUCGAAGAAGAUGAAUUCAGCGACUUGGCAUUUGGGAAGGAGAGAGGAAGUCCCGCGGCCCUGAAGAUGCGGGAAAGACAGUUUGAGAAGUUUCUUGAUAGGGCGGAGACGGGAGAGGAGGGGGGUUGGUAUUGCAAGGCUGUUUUGAGGGCGGAGGGUGGGGGGAAAGAGGAGAUUGUGGGGAUUGCGGGGUGGAGUUUGGGGGGCGGGGAGGGCGUGGGGAAGGAGACGGAGAUGGGAGGGGAGAAUGCUGAUGCGGUUCAUUCUGUGGGUUCCCUGGCGGGAACGGGUGAGGAGCGGGAGACGAAGAUCAAGACGAAAGAGGAAUUAGAGGAGAUUUGGGGGAAGGGGAGUAACGUCCAAUUGUGUGCGGAUGUUUUUGUGAGGGGCGAUGAGCAUAUUUCUAGGGUUUGUGGGGUAGAAAAGUGGUUGAAACUCAACAUCCUCGUCAUUCACCCCUCCUACCAACGCCGUGGGAUUGGCACGCUCCUCCUCGAACAAGGACUCAAACUUGCGGAUGAGAAAUCCCUGCAAGUAGUACUGGGUGCUAGUCCCUGGGGCAUUGGUCUCUAUCGCAAAUAUGGCUUUGUGGAUGUGCAUUGUAUGGAUAUUGAGUUGGAUAGGUAUGAAGGGGGUGAGGGAAUGGGAAGCACAAGACAUGUUAUUAUGAGACGGCCGCCGGGAGGGAGGGAAUAGAGAAGAGAGGAGAGGGAAAGGGAGAGAGAGGAGUUUUUUGAUUGUAGAUUUGACAGACUUGAUAGAUUUGAUAGAUUUGGGUUUCGUUUUCUUUUGUUCUGUUGCUAGAUUUCUGCUUUUUUAUAUGCGACUAUUUGAAUAGCUAGGCGAGCCUCUUCA